GUUCGAGUGAACGCAUACACAUAUUCUUGAACUACUCCUCAGCUGUUGAUGGCUUUGAUGGUCUAAAUGGCCGCUUUCGACGUCUACUUAACGCAUCCCAAACCCAAAACACAUUACUUAUAAUUCCGAUCUCUCAGACAAUAUCCGUCACUGAAAUCACAUCAAAAAUGUAAAUAAAUUAUCGAAACUUAAUAACUAUAGACUUGAGUUAAUUAGUAAUAUUAUACCCAAUAUAUUCAUAUCAUUAAAUUUAUAAUUAUUUUUGUCGAUUCUGUAACUCAAAAUUUAUAUUAUUAUAUAUAAAUACUGAUAUAUUGUAUAAGUGUAUUAAUAAUAUUAAUAAUUAGUGUAUAUAUUAAAUGAAUACAAUAUGUUUAUACUUAAGUUGUUAGAAAAUGUGUGCCAAAAUUCCUGAUAAAAUUUCAAGAAUAAUCACUAUUUCAAUAUAAAUGUGUUUUAAGAGUUUUAUUUAAAUAUUAAACAUUUAUCGACCAAAUAAACUAUAUUGCGAUCAAAAAUACAAAUCUAUUAUAAAAACAAUACAAGACAAUUGUGAAAGAGAUGGCCUAUAACUACCACCGAAGACAUAUGAAGGCACUGCAAGAGGCGUCCAAUUCUGCCUCAUAUAGUGAUGCGGACAGCAGUUCCAGUCAAACCAAUGUCUCCACCAAUCACUGCGAGGAAUGGAACCCAAACCAAAUCGUCUACAAUAAGAUGGAGCAGAUCAUAGAGAGAAUGCAAGAUGAACAAUUGGGUGUUCCCGUCCGCACUGUCAAGAGUUUUAUGUCCAAAAUUCCAAGUGUUUUCACUGGUUCAGAUCUGAUCGCAUGGAUGAUGAAGAGUCUGGAUCUGGAGGACCAAACAGAAGCGCUACAUUUGGCUAAUCUGAUGGCAUCUCACGGCUACUUCUUUCCAAUAGACGACCACGUUUUGAGAAACUCUCUCUCGUUUAGCGUUAAGUCGGACUCAACUUUCUAUAGAUUCCAAACGCCGUACUUCUGGCCGUCCAACUGCUGGGAGCCCGAGAACACGGACUAUGCCGUGUAUUUGUGCAAAAGGACCAUGCAGAAUAAGACCAGGCUCGAAUUAGCUGACUAUGAGGCCGAGAACUUGGCCCGACUUCAGAAGAUGUUCUCCAGGAAAUGGGAAUUCAUUUUCAUGCAGGCGGAGGCACAGGCCAAGUAUGACAUACACUCCAUUCACACCAUUCUUAUGCUCAUUCACUCUUCAAUCAAUUGUUUAUUUAUCUGUUUUUGCGAACAAACCGAUAGAGUGGACAAAAAGAGAGACAAAUUAGAGCGAAAAGUGCUCGACUCCCAGGAGAGGGCUUUUUGGGACGUUCACAGACCUGUGCCUGGAUGUGUGAACACGACUGAGAUUGAUAUAAAGAAAGCCUGCCGUAUGAACAAACCCGUCAAAAGCACUCGCGUUAAGAUAUCCACUGUAAGUAUUGAUUGUAUUUCUCUCAUCACAAUCGAUCACUUGGCGUGUAGUGUCGGCGGCGGUCGUGUGAGUCCAGUGAAUGAGGCGGACAAGAAUGAAGUGCUGAAGCGUGAGAUCGACUCAUUGCGACUAAGACUCGACCAUAGGAUAGGAGGCGUCAAAAUAAGUAAAGUCGCCGAAUCUUACUCAACGUUUUAUGAACAGUGGGCCGAAUACGACCCCUUCAUUACAUUACCCGAACCUAACAAAGGGAUGGCAUCAAAUCCAUGGAUAAGCGAUUCGACAGACUUCUGGGAACUGGAGAGACAAACGAAAGACGUGCCCUGUCGUCGGGUCAGGCGCUGGGCCUUCUCGCUGAAAGAGCUACUGAAAGACGGCGCCGGAAGGGAACAGUUCAUCAAAUUCUUAGAAAAGGAAUUCUCUGCUGAAAAUCUCAAAUUCUGGGAUGCGGUCCAAGAGCUUAAAUGUGUUCACAGUCGGGAUGUAUCACAUAAGGUGCAGGAGAUAUGGAAUGAAUACCUCGGAUCAGACGCAAACUGUCCCAUAAAUAUCGACUCGAAGUCGUUUGAAAUAUCGAAGAAGAAUAUGGACAGCAAUCCCAACAACCGGUGGAUCUUUGAUGAGGCGGCGGGACAUGUGUACCAACUAAUG